ACCAAACAAAUGUCACGAUGAUUUUGACACAGAUUAUUUUUGAGGUUAUGUUUUGAUUUGAUUACGUUUGUAAUUUGGUUAUUAAAUCGUAUUAAUUAUUGAAGCGAGUUAUUUUUAUUUACAACUGUUCAAUAAUGUCGCCGUUAGAAGGGCCUGCUAAAGAACUAGACGAGAAGUAUGCAGAAAAAGUGGUAAAGUUCGUCUCCGAUGUCAGGAAUGGAAAGAUUGAAGGCUCAAACAAUAUAGCACUGGCUACACUCACACUUCUGGAGCAGAUCAUCCAGGACUCGGAGAAUGCUACAGCUUACGACCUAAUAAACGUGGUGCGUCUGUCCGGGCGCGCGAUCUGCGGCGCGCUGCCGCUGGAGCUGGUGCCGGCCAACAUCGUGCGCCGCGUGCUGCGCGCCAUCCGCGACGAGCACCGCGCGAUACACCAGAGCGGAGGAUCAGGCGCGGGUGGCGAAGGAGCGGGUGACAGCUUGCAGCGGUUAGUUUUGGCGGCGGCAGCACGGCGCGGUACGCUAGGCGCUGCGCAGCCCGAUUUGCGGGAGCCUUUGAGGGACCACAUUGCUGAGGUGCGCGCGGAACUGGAAUCGAGCACGGGCGCGAUCUGCGCGCAGGCCGGCUCGCACGUGCACGCCGACGAGCUCAUCCUCACGUGCGGCCACGCGCGCCUGCUCGAGCGCUUCCUGCGCGCCGCCGCAGCGCGCCGCAACUACCGCCUGCUGCUGGCCGAGCCCGCCGCCCACGCACAGAGCCACGCGAUGGCGGCGCGGCUGAGCGCGGCGGGCGUGCCGGUGACGGUGGUGCCGGCCGCCUCCGUGGCCGCCGUCAUGUCGCGCGUCAACAAGGUGAUCCUGAGCGUGCACGCCACAUUAUCAGGAGGGGCUGUGCUGGCGCCCGCGGGCUCGCACGCCGUCGCUGCCGCCGCUAAACACUACAGCGUGCCGGUGAUCGCGCUGUCCCCGCUGUACAAGCUGAGCCCGCUGCACGAGUGCGAGCGACGACAGCUCACCGCCGCCGGCGCGCCGCGCCACGUGCUGCCCUACGAGUGCGCGGAGACCGGCAGUGCGCACGUGAUCGCGCCGCGCUGCGACUACCUGCGGCCCGACCACAUCUCGCUGUUCAUCACCAGCCUAGGUGGCAGUUCACCGUCCUACGUGUAUCGACUGUUGUCGGAGCUGUAUGACCCUGAGGACCACCAGAUAUAACCGCUGGAUGGCGCACCUAACAUGAGUCAAGGAGGAUCACGGAGGCCGUACUCCCGCGGGGGCCCGCGGUGGCACCCUCGCUACAAGGAGUACUGGGACUACGAGCAGAACUACAGCGAUGGCAGCAGCGCCGGCAGUCCGAAGGAGGCGUGCGUGGCCAACUCGCCGCCGCCCGCGCCCGCCAAGCGCGACGUUCGUCAUCACCACGACCAGAGGAGGCUCAGCAUCGGAGGCAGCGGCGCCGGCGGCUCUCGACGCGCCGAGCGCCGCGCCGCCGGCACUUCUGAUCGGCGCCGAUCAGACCUGCGCGUGAGCCCCGGCGCCGGCGCCGGCCCGUCCGCCGAGCCGCCGCAUCUGUUGCAUCCGCCGCACCACCAUCAUAUGGACACGAACCCGCUGGAAGGGCCGGUGGAGUCCAUGGUGAGUGGCGGCGGCUCGUCGGACGGCGAGCUGUCCUCCAAGGCCGGCGACAGCCCCAGCCGCAAGCGCCGCCGCAUCUCCCGCCAUCUGUCCUCAGGCGAAAGCAAUGUGUCGGUCGCAGCACCCCCCGUCGAGAGACGGACGCCCCGGCAUCACUACCAACCUCCACGGCGAAUGCGUUACGUUUCCGGCGGCGCGCGAGGAGCGUGGGCGCACGAGCGACUGAUGGAGCCGCACGCGCCGCGGCCCGCGCACGCGCCGCACCCGCCGCACGCCGCGCCCCCGCACGCGCCGCGGCCCGCGCACGCGCCGCACGCGCCGCAUGCCGCGCCCGUGCUGCUCGACAUCAACCAGAUGUCGCUGCGAGGCGCGCGUUUAAGCGCACUAGGCGGCGGCGGCGUGUGGCCGCACCCGCACGCGCAUGCGCACCCGCACGCGCACCCGGCGCACUCGCACGCGCACCACGCGCGGGACCACGCGCCUCGCACGCAGAUGGGCGGCGUGUACGCGGGGCUGCAGUACCACGGCGGGUUCGCGCCGCGUGCGCCCUUCGCCUCGCCGCCGCACCACGCGCACCAUGCGCACUACCUCGCCGGCUCGCAGCGCGCUGAAGGUGGUCGCCUGGAGAUGUUAGGUGGCGGCGAGGGCGCGCUAUCUCCACUGCAGGCCGCGCCCGAUCUACAUCACGCGCCGCUGCUGCUCGCCACAGAGGCGCGCGGUAGUCCCCUGGAGCUGAUGGCUCCUCACCACGCGAGGCACGCGCUCUCACACCAUCAUCACCGUCGCAGCGGUUCAGGCGUGGGCGUGGGCUCAGGCGUGGGCGUGGGAGUUGGCGUGGGCGUGGGCGUGGUGGGCUCGGGUUCGCGCGCGGCGCGGCCCUACGUGCGGCACGCGCCGCGGUGGCCGCACCACACGAUACACCACAUACAUGCGCAGGGUGGCGGCGGACUAGUCGGCGCGGCGUUGCCUCAACUGCACGUGGCGUCGCCACUGUCGUUGCCUCCCCCUCCCCCUACGUAUCAGGUGUUCCUGAACCUGCUGGCGAUGUUCCCGGUGUCGCCGUACGCGGAGGCGCGCGAGGACGCGGGCGAGUCGCCCGAGACAGAGAACUACGAGGCGCUGCUGUCGCUCGCCGAGCGCCUGGGCGAGGCCAAGCCGCGCGGGCUGGCGCGCCAGGAGAUCGAGCAGCUGCCCAGCUACAAGUACUCGCCGCAGACGCACCAGGGCGAGCAGGCGACGUGCGUGGUGUGCAUGAGCGAGUUCGAGGCCCGUCAGACGCUGCGCGUGCUGCCGUGCGCGCACGAGUUCCACGCCAAGUGCGUCGACAAGUGGCUGCGGUCUAACCGCACGUGUCCAAUCUGCCGCGGGAACGCGUCGGAGUACUUCAACAACUCCGAGUGACUCAGCGCGCGCGUCCCCGCCCCGCACCGCGCGCGCCCCCGCCCCGCCGGCCGGGCCUGUCGCGGCCGCGGGCUUCUACUAGUGCUGCUGCCGCGACUCAUACUGCGCGCCGCGCCGCCGCCAGCGGUACCGAGAAGGCGACACUUUUAACGCUAUCUACUGACGCGAAUCGAAGAAAAAUGAAAAUGUGGAAACAGGAUUUGACAUGAAGGCUAAAGUGUAGUGAAGCGCGCGAAGCUUGAUCGCAUACGGGUCAUAUUUGUGUGAGACUGUGAAUUGAACUUUUUAGGUUUACGUUUGUUAGUUGUAGGCGGUUUGAAACGGUCGGAGGUCCUUUUUUGGCUGAUCCUUAGCUUUAAAAUAGGACCCCCGAUUUUGACGUGAAAUUCGAACAAAACGCAGUCUGCCCGGUGUUGGUUCACACGGACGAUUUUAACGCUAAAGUGUCAAUGUUCACCGGUCAGACUGUAACAUCUAAGUUUCCGCGUAAUAGGUUUUGGACGCUAUUUGUGAAGUGUUAAAGUCGUUUUCGCAUCGUGUAGUAUUAAGUGCCAGGACGCUUGAAGUGCGUUUGCCAAAAUAUCGUAAUAUUCCUUUCUAACAAUGAUUCCUUCGCUUUAGUGUCGUCGCUCGACAAAGUGGCGACGAAAUAACCCGUCAAUUUAGUUGUUAAUUAAUUUUGGAGUUACCGCGCCCCGGAAUGAUCCUCACGUAAGUUAGUUGGGUGUAAGCAUGUUAGUCGGCCUUAGUUGCGUUAGUUUAGUCGUUUAGUUGAGGCCUGAGCGGCGCCGGGGGACUGACGCCAGUUUUAGUUAAGUCGCAACUAACUCGUGCAAUCGGACGCGCUGAUUCCUUUGGGAUCAAUUUUAGAUAAUUCAAUUUGUGCAAUUCUUAGAUCAAUUUAUUGAUUCAUUAUGAAUUGGGGUGUUUCUCAUGCAAUAUAAAGAAUUAGUCGAAAAAAAAGUUUAAAUAAUUACGAAAAAAUGUAAAAUUUUAUAAGAAAAAAAAGUUGUUUAUUUAAUUUUCGUUAAAUGUAAUAGUGCAAUUAAUUAUUUUUGCUUAUCGUAAAUAACAAAUAGUAUAUACGUUUUUGUUUUUACAUUAUUGUUAACAUUGUUACACCAUGUGUUAUUGUGUGUUACACGAAUUGUUAUCGUUGUAUGAAGUAACGGAGCGUUGGUCCCCGGCGACGCAGCCGCGUUUUUACACUUCUUUUAUUUUCCUAAACUUAAGACUAAGUUUUCUUGAUUUUCUGUCAAUGUGCACAUAAAGUUCAGUUUUCAAUCGUCAAAAAAAUAAACAUUACAAAACCAUCAUAAAUAUUUUACAUCUGUUCCGUGAAAACAAGAUAAUUUAGAUUGAACUUCACUAUUGGUAAGUUCAUUUGAUCAUCUAAUAAUGCUGGAUAAAUGAACUUUUGUUACAGAGACGGAAGAAAUCUUUAUUUACAGUAUUCGUUAAACUGAAUGUGUGUUACAUUGGUGGAAUAUCAGAGACAGGUCGUUAUGUACAUGGAUAAAUAUAUUGAAUGGUGUUCCUGUUGUAUGUUUGUGUUGACUUCUUUUUGUUUGUUUUUAAUCUUUGGGUGGAUGUGUUUGCGCGGUCGGCGGCUUAAUGCAAUAGUAUUUAUAAAAGUUAUUCCCAAGUAAAUUCCAAAGGCGUAGACAAAAUCACAAAACUUAACGAAUAUCCAAGUAGCAAGAGCGAAUGUGUGGUUUAGCGCCAUCUAGCGGCAAUAGUGUAAAAAGUCUCGCCUCUGCCGACAAUAGUAUUUAUGUCAAUGAUAAUAAAGUACAAAAUCAUACAUCUUUAGCCGCCGGUCGCACGCUCGUUGUGGUCCGCACGUGCAAUAACCGCCUGUAUGUAUACGUGGGUAGGGUUCACUUCGCCUCGGCACGACGCGUACUUGGCUGGGACUGGGUUACAUGUUGGUUCUUCGAGCGAGCUAAAGAGCGUAACGUAUCGCUUAAUAUCUUGAAUCUUUAGGAAAGAACAAUUUAUAUUUCUAUUCUCAUAAAGAGCCAUCGGAGUAGCUGUAGCUUUUAUAUGGGAGAGAGGUCUAGAGUUCAGAAAUGGCGCUUGUUCCCAAUGAGUCACACCCAAACUCGUUGGGAAAAACAUUCCCAUCCAGUAACACUGGUACUGAUCAUACACAUAAAGCACCUUUAAUUUCGGGAUAUAAGAAAUUUUAUUCUAAAAAAAAACAAUGUGCAAAUACAAUAAAAAUCAAAAUAAUUAAGUACUCUAAUGCUUACAGUAAGAAUAUACAGGUUAACGAGUAAGGGUGUGACUGGAUAAGAUUUUUUUCCCAACGAGCAACAGUGUUACUCUUUGUAACAGUGUUACUAUUAAUUUGUAACAGUGUUACUCUUUGUAACAGUGUUACUAUUAAUUUGUAACAGUGUUACUCUUUGUAACAGUGUUACUCGUUUAGGUGUGACUCGUUGGGAACAAGCGAGAAAUGGGGCAAGGUCCCAUCCUGGCUGGAAAGAGACAACAGUAUCCCGCUCCUGGUUGUGAAAUUGUGCUAAAACUAGUAGGUCUGGCUUGUAUGCGUGACGUUUGCGGGACGCUCUGACAAACGCUUUAACCAAUUCUGGCAGGUUAAUGUAUUCUGGCAAGAAGGAUCGAGUGGCCAAAAUUAUAAAAGUGGAACGAACGCAGUCCAUCAAUUCUGGGAGAUCGGUUGGAUUAUUUCUAGAAGAUCUUUUCUUUUAUCACAAUAAUUAUAGACAUGAAUUAUUUUAUUUACUCUCACUUGAUGUGCCUUAUUGCUUGUUUUUAACUGAUUCUAGCAAUAAAGUUAAUGAAUUCUAGCGAAGUGUUAGUUUGCUUUGUUUCGACAAUAAUCUUGUUGUUUUAUUUUGUGUCGUGUAACAUAUCCUAUCGAGUAAGGUUGUCUCUCAUAGAGACGUGUACAUACUUUACUUAAAUUAAUAACGAAGGCUUCGUUUUUCUGGGAAGUGCUGGCAACGUUAAUGAACUUUUUCUCAUUGUUUUUCGUUCGUUUUUUUUAGAUUUCGUAGAUUGUCAUCACAACUAGAUUGUAGGUAAUCAUUAACAAACAAUGCAGUCGACAUACGACCCAAUGGCAAAUACGGUCGUUAAACCAGUAUGUUACCUACUUAUCUUAUUAAGAGUUAAUUAGGCUUGUGCUACAUGUUUGCUCUAGGGUUGAUUUUAAAUGACAAAGACUCAUCGGAUAGUGUAAAUUUCGCGUCGUUGCCAGCUCUCUGCCUUUCUGCUACUUGCUAUUCCGUCAGAGCGGCUCCGCGGCAGGCAGUAGUUAGCAGCCAAUAUUCACAGAUGGAUUCUCUAAAGGUAAAACAGAAUUUAGGUACCUACCUUUGUAUAGAAAUUAUCAAAAUUGAGAUUUGCAAAAAAAGAAAGAAUGUUACUAAUCAUUGUAAAAUGUCCCUAUGAAAUAUCUAAAUCGUCUUUGUGAGAAAAAAUGGUAAAAUCUGGUACCUAAAAUCUGUUUUAUUGAUGCAAACAUCUCAAAAACCCAAUAAUGUCCAUUCGAUUUCAUUCCAUACCUUUCCAAAUGAUAUUACUAAACACUUAACAUUCUCAGUGUGUUUUAAUUGUACUUGUUAUUUUGUAUUAUUCAAUUAUUGCGUAUAUCAUUGAUAUUAUAAAUUUCACCAAUAUUUGUAACUCAAAGUGGGACACUUCCUAAUUAUUUCCGCAACCUCAGCUCAUUCACAACCAAUAUAUUUUUAUGUUGUUGGUAAAAGGAGAUCACACUUAAGCAAGUUAAUGUAUUCUGGCAAUAUUAUAGUUAAAGCAAUAUUUAAAGAGACUUGAAAUUAUGGCAAGUCAAUAGAUUUAUAGUUGACAAAAAAAAAUCAAAAGUUUAACGAAAUGUGCAAUACUGAAACAAAUUAUAAACCAUUGAAGGUUGAGUAGAAUUAACCAACUGCGAACCUAUAAUGAGUAAAUUGCUACAGUAGGUACUAAUAUUGGUGAAUUAUUUAAUAUACGUAAUUCUGUUUGUUUUUCUUGUGACUCUAACAGCCCCGAGGUUUGAUAUCCAGCUUCUGCUUUUUAAUCAAUGCACGGUGUACUUACAUAUGAAUCGCAUCCAAACAUUUUAACAAAAUCUUCACUGCGUUACGGUUUGUGGUGACGUAACACUUUGUGCUCGUAGCUCGGGGCUUCGUGCCAUGUUUCUGAUUGUUGUCCAUCGCGAGUACUUCCCGGCCUGAUAGGGGGCGCCACUCGCGACUUGACACUCGAUAAAACCACAAACAAACUAUAUGGGGUUCAGAGAAACGAAGAAAUUGACAAUAUUGGCAUUAAUGAACUAAGAAAUGUAAACACGACGUUAAAACUACUGAAUUAUCGAGUUGCAAGCGGCGAGCGAGGCGCCCCCACCACUUCGUCCUUGUAUAGUUGUAUCGUUUACUAGUUAAGGUAGUUACUACGAUUAUUAUCUGGCAUUUUAUUUCUUUAAGCGCUUCCCUUUAUAUAUUAUUUUUGUCUCCAGUAUUUUAACGUUUGCCGCUUUGUUAGUUUUGGUUUUACGUAAAUUGUAACGUUGUGAUUGUGACGGUGGUCGAGUUUUAUGUAUUGUUACAUUUUGCACGGAUUGUAACACUAUUUUUGUAACAUUGAAAAUUAUAAAUGAGUCAUUUCUCUUUUAGAAUUUCUCGUGUAAAGAAUACAGUAAAUAGAUAUGUUUUUUUAAAUUUUGUAGACUAUUGUGAUGUGUUUUAUGACGCUUGUGUUACAAUCUGUGUAGAAUACGGAAUGUCACGGAUUAGUGUGUCUUCCUGCGGACUGGUUCCGUGUUAUAUAGCAAUAAGGUUCAUAUUUGAUUGCAGUUGGCCAGCUCUGUGAGACAUUGUAAGUUUUUUAGUUGAAUUUUAUGUUUUUUUUUUUACAAGAUAGUUCAUUUUAUCAGUUGGUAGAACAUUAAUUUAAUUAUUGUUUUUACUAUUGUUGAUUGGUUAAUAUUUUCAAAAAAUACUAAUGUAAUUUGAGUUUGUUUUUCUUUAAUUCUGAUUGUUUCAUCGUGUAAAAUGUAUUUCCAAAUUACAGUAAUUGUUAUUGAAAUUUUUAUUGUUUUGCGUUGCAUGAAUUGUUUUGUCGAGCAGGGCUGCCAACCGCAUAAUAUUGUUUCGUUUUUCGCUCAUAUUAUAUUACUUUUAACUAACGCAUAUCACAGUUACGUAGACAAUAGUGUACGCUUCUCGCUCGUGCUAGCAUAGGUGCGAGCGAGAGGCAAACAAUUGUGUACGUUACUAGUGGACGCGUGCACGUCUUGUCUACAUAUCGGAUCUGCCGACUCCGUCUGUCGUGCGGCGUAUAUACCUGACUUUUCAAAUUGUGUGAAUUAUGCUAGGCUAGUUGAAUAAAUCAAAAAUUAUACUUAACUUUUUUAUUGUAAAAGGAAAUUAAAAAAUGUAUUGUUAUUUUAGUUUGUUUGUGCUGUGCCACGCCGCAUUGACCGGAAUCUGUAAUAGUAAAUAUUGACGGGAGGAGUGACAGCUGUCAAACAAAUGACAUCUGCUUUUUGUCCACCUGGUUUGCGAGUGCUCAUAUCUUUCACAUUUAUUGCAAUUCUUUAUUAUAUGGCAAUAAUUGUAGUUGCCACACGAGGACAUUUAUUGUAUUUGCAGCUAUCUAAAUAUUCUAGCAGGCAGAGAUAUAUUUUGACAGCUGUCACUCGGCCCGAUGUCCAAACGCCAGCCAUUUUACCAAAGCAUCGCGGCGGCCGCGCUGUGUCUCGCUCGCGCGGCGCCGCGCGCCCGCCGCGCCAUAAGAUGUGAUCACAUCGCGCCGGUCGCCUGGCAGUCGCCAGUCGGUCGCCCGUCGGUCGCCCGUCAGUCGCCCGUCAGUCGCCUGCCAGUCGUCCGUAGCGCGCGUCUCGUCCGCCUCGUUGUGCUCAGUCGUUUUUAUUUUAUUAAAUGCACUGCUAUUGUAUUUUGAGUUGUUUUUAUUUGCCUCUUUUUAUCCCCGAGUUAUGAGGUAUUCGAGUUAUGCUGUAUUUUUUUCUUUUCUUGACUUGAUUCGGUAAAAAGUGGACUCGAAUGUCGUUAAUUUUUUGUUGCCAAUUAUUUUUUAAAAAUAUUAUAUUUUUGUUGGCAAUCAAUUAAAGAAAAAUGUUUUUUUGCUGCUCUUAAAUAUCAUACAGGUUGCACAUACAUUUCAAUUUCAGGUUUAAUUUUAUUUGAAGUUUGCUAUUCGAGCACUAAGUUCAAGGCAGAAACAGUACCUUAGUAGUUGUAGCAUAUCACUAAGUGCCAAAGUUUAGUAUUUCCUCGCGGAGCUUCGGAACGCUUGGAACAUUACACAAGCUGCCAAUAACGCUUGUUCACAGUUUAUUGGAGUAUUUAAUAAGAUUUUUUAUUAUAUUUACAAAAAUUACGUAACGGUGUUGUACUUUAGAAAUGUCUAAAAUGAACGAAAAAAUCGAAAUAGUAUGUAGGGACCACUUUGUUUCGAGUUUUUAAUUAUGAAGUUGUCACGCUACGAUUGAUUGUAGAUAUCUUUUGCUAUCCCAGAACGAUUACAAUAAUAAAUUGGGUCGUUACAAUUAUGAACAUAAAUUGUACAAAAUGAAAAACUAAAUGUUGUAACCUUUACAUUGCAAUCUUUAUCAUAGUAAUAAUUAUUGAUGUUUGUUUUGUGAAAUGUUCAACUUCUAUUUGUCAAUUGUCUCUAAUUUUAAAACGUGUACACUACCCUUUAGAUGUGAUGUGGCCGACCGCUUCUGUAAAUGAUCUGUAAUUAUUGUAAAAAUGUAUCAAUUGAUCAUAAACUUUCUCGAGUGUUGUCAGUCGUGUAAAAAUUUACCAAAUUGUUAGAGAGUGUGACGUAGAGUCUUGCCACUGCUUCAGCCGGGACGGCCGGUCGCGGCACUGUCCAUUACGAUAGCGUAGAGUAGCGUGUACAUAGCCCUGUAUGUAACGCCCGUGUAAUCAUAGUGAACAUAUAAAAGUAUUUUUGCAUGAAUUAUUGUAAAGUGUCUGGUGUGUGUAGCGAGCCAUGUGACUUUAUUUGAAACGAUAUUACGGUUGCUGUUAGCGAUCAUUUGCUGUUUAUUUUCCAAAUAAUUCGGUUCCUGAAAACCGAUUCUGUUAUUUCUAAUUGUUCCAUUGAUUCCUAAAUGUAAAAUGAAAGUCGAAAGUUACUAAUUUGACAAGAUGUAACAGAAUCGGGCCCGUUUGAGGCCAGUUUGGGUCCGCUUGGUGUGGUGAUCAAUGAGUUGCGCGGUUCGUUCCAGUUUCAGGGCCUUUAGUGUGUGUAGUAGUUUUCGAGACUAAGUAAAGCACAUAUUGUGAUGCGUCGAUGGCCGAAGAGCCGCACUAUGCAAUAAAUUUUCUAUACGAUUAAUAAGUAAACGAACACGAUCGAAUGGCGCUUGCGGCGCCGCGUCGUUCCUCAUCCGAGUUGCACUUAUAUUAUAGUGUCGUUUGUAAUCUUUACUUUGAAUAAAUAGAUGUUUAUAAAAACCGUCAAACAAAUUCUAAAUUCGUGUAUUUAAAGUUUACGAAUAUUUACGAAUUGCGUAAUCAGUUUCUAAUGUAAAGAUGUUUUGUAACGUACUCGAUAUCUAUUGUUUGGAUUAGAAACUUCGAUGGGUCCUAAACCGUUCACAUUUCAUGUAAAAUUGUAAAGUAGGUGUGGUCAAGGUGUGAGUAUGAUGUACUGAGCUUGGACGUGUUAACACUUUCUGGAAACUACUAAUUUUUCAGCCAUUUUUCUGCACUAACUGAUAUUUUAUCUGUAACGAAUGGCAACACUUAUUCGUUAUUGCGUUGUGUUGGCAACAUUCCCUCGUCCAGGCCCGGUGGUGUGUCAGUGCGGUAGGUUCUCGAAUGUUGGGUGUCGUGAGCGUUCACCUUUUAUAUUGGAAAUUAAGGUUUUUGCGUCGGCUAAUAGCUCCUUGAUAAAUGGAUGUUCAAUAAAAUUAUAGUACUUAUAAAUUUAUAGACAAUAGAUACAAAAUUAUCUAAAGCUGUGGUUAAAUAGUAUAUUGAAGAAGCUACCUCCUACGCGUUAUAACACCAAAGUGAAUUUAAUAGAUGACUAGUUAAAUGUUAUAUAGCUUGGUGCAGGGAGAUUUUCGCAUAACGUCGAUCCAUUUUGUUGUGCACCCUCAAGAGUUAAUAGACGCACUAUCUUUAUAGUUCGUAGCAUUCUCCAGCUCCGCAAAGGGCUCACUUUAAUAGCGUAGUGUUACUUCCUGGUUUAAUGGACUACUUGGAACUGGCAACACUGUAGAUAUGUACCAUCCUAGACUGCAUCUCACUUAACACCAGGUGCGAUUGCGGUCAAAUACCUGCCUUGGCUAGCAUAAAAAAAAAACCUUUGGUUAUUUGGGAGAUAUCAUAGAGGUAGGGAUUCUCAGAUGGUUCAAACCCGAAGUGCAAGUGUGGUUUUGUUCCUCAGUCGAUGAAGCACAUGAUGACAUGCCCUGCGUGCCCAACCAACUGCACGCAGGAAGACUUGAAUGCUACUGACAACUCCACUCUUGUAGCAGAGUUUUGGGCGGACACUGUGUAGGUUUGCUGUCGACACGACAAGAAGAGAUAGAGGUAGGGCUUUGGGUAACGCGCUAAUUGCCAAUUAAUAAUUUAAUUUCCACUAGUAAGGAUCGUUAUUAAAGUGAGCCCUUUGCCUCAGGCGCUCCACCCGCGAAACGCGAGCUAUCAACUUGUUGCUCAAUAAUUAAGUAUUGGUAUUUUUUCUGAGUAUUGUAAUGUGUGUCCUUAGCUCGUGAGUGCCGGAUUAUUCAUAGCUGGCGACAGCUAAAGCCGAUUUACUUAAGUGUGAUUACCGAUUUGUACCAAUAGGACUGGCGUGAUCAUUGUGUAGCAGUGAUAUUACAAUUGAGACUACAUACGUGAGGAGUUAGGUAGCUAACCACUGAAAUCCUAAGUACAAAACAUAAGAUCAAUUAACUUAAUGACGUCAGUCCUGUACCGCGAUCCUGCUCCGCAGUAGCAGUUCUUAUAAUUAUAGGACCAACCUUUUGUAAUUUAAUACUCGAUUUAGUAAUGGUCUGUACGUCACGCGUCAGCGCGAAUCCUUGACGAACGUUCGUGGCUUGCGAACACGAGACAUCACAUAUCCGUGCGUUGGGUUCAAGCUUCGAAUGGGGAAUGUUUAAAAAUGCGUGGAAACAAAGCAAUAAUAGUUAUUAGGAUCCGCGUAGUGUUCAAAUUUAACGUAUU